UCUGAACUUGACAGGUUGAUACGGACUUGUCGUUCAUUUCCCUAUUGUUGACCUUUUGUGAAAUCUAUUACAAACUGAUUUGGUCACAUUCAACAAAAGGUCUACAAUAGGGAAAUGAACAACAAGUCCGUAUCAACCUGUCAAGUUCAGAUGCGACAAGCGCCUAGUUUUGGUAGAGCGAGUCACAUGUGAUAAAUUCUUCCAUAUCUCUACAUUGAAACAUUGUGUUUAUCACAAUCAGUCACCAGACCAUCCUCGAUUCAGGUUCCAUUUCAUAUAUUACGAAAUGUCAUGGGACCGAAUAUUGAAAACGAAAUUAUCCCAACCUGACCCGGUCACAUGCUGAUAAAUGUAGAUAUGUUAACUAUUAUUUCAUCAGACGAACUCGACGGGUUGAACAUCCUUGAAAGGAAUCAGACAUUGAAAAAUAGAGGUAUUCGAACACCGCUGAGCCAGUAAAGAAAAUGGGAAACAAUAAAAGCAAAGUCGACAAAGGCAAAGCCAAAGUAGAAUCAUCUUCGGAGAUACAUUCAGAGCCCGAACUGCGUAUACAUGAAGCACGUCGUCCACAAGAAAGGACGGAAGAAUCAUGGAAGGUAAAAUUGAUGGAACGGAUUCCCCGACUCGUAAAAAAUCUCGAUCAAUUGGAUCAAUUGCUUGAUCUUUGUUUGUCGAGACACAUUUUAGAAGAGGGAGCAAUCAAAAACAUACGAGAACUUCAACACGAAGAUGAUAAGAUACGGUGUCUUAUUGAUAAAAUCAUGAAGCGCCCAAAGAAGGAUUGGACCAAGUUCAAAGAAUGUUUGGAAGACACUAAAAACGAACAUCUCAUUGAAGACCUAGAAGAAUCGUAUGAUGAAGCGCAAGGUGCAAGAAAGAGUAGGGAGAAACCGAUCACUGCCUCAAGUCAUCAACCGAGUCAACCUCUAGAAGUACCCACCUCUAGAAAAAAACCUGAAGCGUGGGCGACGUAUGCAAAAAGCGGUCUCAGUCCCAGACAAUUACAAGUCACCCCCCAUUCCUGGUCUCCAACAGGACCAGUGCCAGGGCACAUAAGUAAGAAAAAAACAGCUUCAAUUGGAAGUCGAAGCGUACCAAGCUCGUCAGCAAAAGCAACCAUACUUUCUGGAGGAGUUACAGAAGAACAGUCAACCAGAGAAAAGAGAGCAGUUUUAGAAAACACAUCCGAGAACAUUUCCACAUCCCCAAACAUGGCGUCCGAGUUGGCUGGAUUUAAAUCUUCAACAGAUCCAGAAAGUAACGAAGUCGGCUUUUUUUGGUCAAGUUCCCAAUCGUUUUCACUUGAUACAAGUAACUGGACGACUGAUCAGAAGAAACGCUACAACAGAGAUUUCCAACAUAUCAUGUUGAUGCCAUAUCGACCCGAUCGAAAGAUUCAUAUCGACCAAAUACGCCGGAACUUCGAGAAGAAAACUCAUGGUGGAUAUGAAGACGUUACGCUCGAAACAUUAUUUGAGGGAGCCGGUAAAGACGACAACCUUAACAGGUAUGUCUUAGAGGCACCAGCAGGAUAUGGGAAGACAUCAUUCUCGAAGAAAUUAGCGUACAUGUGGGCGACAGAUCAUGAAAAUCUGAGUGUCUUCGAGUUUGUGUUCUUGAUCAACACCGAUGACUUCAUAGAUUUCGAAAAGAAAGAAGAAACACCAAAUGAACACCUCCUGAUUAGUGACUACGUCACAAAGAACUCUCAUUUUUUUAGCGAGCAGAGCAUGAAGAGUUGCAGUCAUCCUGACGACCUUUGGUCCCAAAUUGAAGACAAGCAAGACAAGGUUCUCUUCAUCAUUGACAACAACUAUAAGAACUCGUUGCCACAUAGUUUAAACAAACUAUUCCUCCGAAAAACCAUGCCAGACAGCACGGUUAUCCUAACCUGCAGAACGAACCAAGUCCCCACAAAAAUUCUCGAUAAUUCCAACUUGUACACUUCCCUUCGGAUUGCGAGGCACCAUCCCCGCACAAUCCAGGGACAUAUUAUUGAUUACUUUGAAUGCAAACGUAUGGGGGAAAUGGGCAAAGCCCUAGUUCAAAACUUAGGUCUUGGCAAUAUUGAGGGCGAGGCAUUUCAUGAUGGUAAUACUGUAAAACUGUCCUGGCUCACUACUCCAUUCAUGCUUGUAAUCGUUGUCAAUGUGUGGCAGGAUCUUUGGGAAGAAAAUAAUGAAAGUAAGAAAAAAAGGUUCUGUCUGGAUCUGUCAGACAUUUACCAGAUGGUGUUGAAGAACAUUUUCAAGAAGUAUGAAUGUCACGAAGAAGGGUUUUCAUCCCGUAUCAACCAAACCAUGGGCAACACCUUUGCGACAGAGGUACUUGUCCUUGGCAGGCUGGGGUGGCAACUGAUUAUUGACAACAGGUCGUCAAUUCCUGCAGAGAACCUUCAGUGCACCGAGUUAGAUGGGGGCGCAGAGGUACUUGUGAAUAUCGGUGUUCUCGAACCAAUCACGAUAUACGUAGAUGGACUGGGGAAGAAGGAGUACAGAUUUGUAGAUGAGAUUUGGAAGUUUUACUUCGCAGCCCGCUUCCUCCGCAACGAGAAGGACCAGGGCAAGAUGAAUGACAUUGAAAUCCAGCAAGCAGUUGAAAAAGUUCGAAACUUGAACAAAGAUAUCGAUGGACUGUUCAAACAAUUCAUGGAACUGCCUCUAUGAGCCGCCGAGUUGUGUGCGACAAUCGUAACAUUUUUGUCGACGACAGUGUUUGUAACAUGGACAACUUACCUCGUGAAACGCACAUUGUGCAUUCCAGUGGUUACGAUUUCUUUUAUCUGUGUACAAGACCUAUGAGUCCAUCUGGUCGUGAAUCCGUAUUCCACAUGGCUGCACGCAUCAUAGGCCUUUGUUAACAAUGUGAACAUACACAUCACAGAGUACGUAUCAAAUCCAUCCCCUUAGUUCCGAUUCAGCGGAACACAUCUUAAUAAUUCUGACGCAACCACUUGGACCCUAAAAUCGUUCUCCGUUCCCAAAGAGGAGAAAGAUCACGAUCGGGAGAGGUUAGAACAAGUUCCAGUCUUUUGUACCCGGUUUUGCAUUCCAUCAGGUGUUGAGAUUGCGCAUGUCUGAAAUUAGAUCUCUUCAGGGCGCCCUAUCAUUGCGACCACAACUGCCAUGUGUUUUAAAAUCGAAAAGUCAUCCCAAUGUCCUCUCUUAACUGCCUCCACGUGGGUUUGAAUUUCGGUCUUUUUGACGUCCUGGUGAACUCAUUGCAAAGGCUUGUCGGGCAGGUGCCGUUUGUCAAUACUUUAUAGUUGGUGUCCUUAAUUACCACCUCGGCGACUUUGCUUGAUGAGUUUGCUACAGGGUCUUACGGUGUGUAUAUGCUCAUAAAGGUCUUUGGUUACUUCCAAUUUUGAAGUCGCCGGAAGGUCAGGAUGCUGGCACAUGGAUUCUUGGUAAUGUUUUAUCAGUACAGCCUGGAAGUCUGUUACAUCGGGCGCACGAAUGAUAGUUGGGGGGGGGGGAUUUCUUGGUGAUAACAAUUAGCUGUAUACCAUUAGGCCCCACCUGGUGGCGCUAAAGCUGCCACUGUUGAGUCUGCACGUGACAGACAAGGGGAUAAUGGCCAAAUAAACGAGUUAUACACUAUUGCCGUCUCUUCUGCAUCUCGGCCAGACAACUGACAAAGCAUCUGAGAUUUGCAUGAGAUUUGUGUAUUAUUUGUGUAAGCUAUAUAUUACUGUCAAAAUGUAUAUAGUGAUGUUUGAAUAUCGUGAUCUAAUAAUGAAGAGGCAGGUAGAAAUCAAAGGUUUGUCUGACAGAGCAAUAUAUAUCAUGUAGGUGAUAUAUCUAAUCAUUUUUUCUCUGUAUCAUUCCAAUCAGAAUCAUGAACUGAUAACGAAUU